UUGAGAAAUUGUUCAAAGGAGUUUUUGCAGUUUAAAAAAGAUUUAGCCACCAUGUCAUCGGAAUAUUCGCAAAUCCCUGAAGCUGUGCUAGAGAGACUUCAAAUGGAUAUAGACAAUGCUUCACUAAAACUUGAAGAGCACACAUUCCAAACCCAGUCAUAUUCCGAGAGUCCUUUGGAUUCUUUAUCUUCAUCACAUGAAGAAACAUAUGGGAAUGUAGGCGAGGAAUCAUGA